AUGCACCACAGCCUUAGCAUUAUCGUGCUUUUGGCCACUAUAGCCUAUGGCCAAACAUAUUGCCCAGCUUCUUCUGUCUUCAGGGUGAAAUCAGUCCUUACAAAUUCAACCAACAUCAAUGCCACAAGCUCUUUCGGCUACGUGAAAUCAUCAGCCUGGUAUUCCGAUAUUUAUCAUGCGAUCCUCGACCCUGCAGACUCCUGGACCGGAACAACAGCUUAUACCACCGACAUCUACAAUCGCACUGCUUCUUAUCUUGAGUUUCCAGACGACGAAUACGAGCACACGAGGGGGUUGACGCUGAACCCCUUGACUCAAGCUUCACCUACCAACUUUGCAGAAAUCAAUGGUGCAGAUGAUCUUGGUAUUUGGCCUGGAACUAAGGGCGUGUUUUACGACGAAGCUGGAAAGAUUCAGUACAAGGGGUUCGAUGGACACAACGUGCGCUGGCACGGUAAGUUGACUUGGUUGUUGAUUCAUGUCGCUCAUGGCUGA